AUGUUGGAAGGCACAUAUCCUCUCGCAUUUCUGCUAUUUGAAGACCUUAAUCGGAAGCAAUGGCCGGACAAAAUCUCGGAGGCGCGUAGCACUUAUGUUGCACUGAAGGAACAUUUUCUGAAGUACAUCGAGCAUCCGAAUGAUCUCCAGUCAAGUAUCGAUCCUCUUGCGGACGAUGAACAGUCUCCCUGGCAAACUCUUCGACAAGAUGAACAACUUAGGGCGGAGAUAUCCCAAGAUGUCGAUCGGUGCUUGCAGGAGAACCUUUUUUUUCACGAUCCCGCUACUAAGGCCAAAAUGAUUGACAUCUUGUUUAUCUAUUCCAAACUCAACCCUGAUCUGGGUUAUCGCCAAGGCAUGCAUGAGCUACUGGCGCCUAUUUUAUGGGUUGUCGAUAGAGAUGCGAUUGAUCCAAAAUCCCGGGAACAGUUUAUUCCUACCGGUCAACUGGAGAAUUCCAUGCUUCAACUCUUGGACUCCGAGUUCAUCGAGCAUGACGCAUUCAGUUUGUUCUGCUCGGUAAUGCAAAGCACCAGAGUUUACUAUGAACACAAUACGCAUCGAUCCAUGAAUGGACAGGCUGAUGCACUUCCGAUUGUUCUUCGAUACCUAGAGCUCGCCGACCAUCUACAAGCGCUCGAAAUUUUGCCGCAGAUCUUUUUAACUCGAUGGAUGCGUCUUCUGUUUGGGCGCGAGUUUCCCUUCCAAGACAUGCUUGCGAUUUGGGAUCUUCUCUUCGCCGAAGGGCUCCGAUCCGAGCUGAUUGACUUCGUGUGUGUGGCUAUGCUACUCCGAGUCCGUUGGGAGUUACUGAGCUCUGAUUCAUCGAGUGCUUUAACUACAUUGCUUCGUUAUCCCUCACCGCACCCUCAUGCUCCACUGAGCUUCGUUCAUGAUGGUUUGUACUUGGAACAGAAUCCCACGGCUGAGAGAGGAUCAUUUAUCAUUUCCAAGUACUCGGGGAAGCCUCCCGAGCUAUUGAGAAUGUCCGACUCGGCACACAGAUUCCGCCCAGGUCGGAGGUUCCAGUUCCGCGGUGAUGUUAGGGGCAACAGUGGGACAAGCUCCCCUACAACAUCAUCGGCAAGAGACAGUCCGUUGAGUAUCGAAGCUCUCCUACAGGACGUGUCAGAGGGCAUACAGCGACGGACAGAGAUAUGGGGUGUGGCAAAGGCUGUACGCGGAGCCGUCAGUGAGGCGAAGAAGAAUAUGCAGUCAAUGCAAUCGGAGCAAGUCUCACGGCUGGCGAGCACCCGGAACUCGGUACCCAGUACGACUUCAUAUCGGGAACCCGAGGCCACAACCCAAUUGAAGUCCAGGAUUGAAGGUAUCUGGGAGAGAAACCGAGGUCUUGCCAAGUCACUGGGCGAAGCAGUGAAUGAAAUUCGCUCACAAUUGGCGGAUAGUGUGACUCUGAAUGCGGAUACUGCAAAGUCCGUGGAACAAGCUCUUACAAAGGUUGAAUCCGUACAGACUACACUCGAGACCCGCUACUCGGAUGCGAAUAUAACGCAGAAUUCCCCCGGCGUUGAAGAACCAACAAAUAGAACAAAACAGUCCGACAACUCAGCAACUGCUGAUGGGGGCUCUACGAGCUUAGAAAACGACAAGCCUCCGCGCGCCUCGUUUGAUUCCAGCGUAAUCAACACCCCUGGUUCCAGGUCUCCCAUCGAGAGCGAUACUGGGCAACGCAACAUUUUAUCCCCAAAACCUGUGAACAAGGCCAGGCCUCUACGAAACCCUGCCCGACCAUUGUUGGCAAACUCUGAAUUCGCGUGGAUGCUGGGUGGCGAUCGCCAACUUUCUAGUUUUGUUAGCCCUGCAUCAGUCCCGCCAGAACAGUCGAGGCAUGUUGAACCGCGAGCUAAACAGGGUACCCUCUUUGGCAAUGGCGAAGUUGAGCAGAAGCCCAACCCUGAACCCGAUGGACUAGCGAUGAAGAGUUUAAGAGGCACCAAAGGUUCAGGGAAUGAGGCCAAGCUAAUGCUGUUGGACUCUAUUAGAUUCUUCUUCCGACCGAGGGUCACUAUGGCUUCGCAAGGAAUUUACACUUGA